AUGGAACAAGUGGAAAUACCGCCAACAACACAUGUGCAAAAUCAUUUCCCGUCUAUUGCUAACUCGUCAAUUGAACGUCACAACAGUGAAGUGUCAUCACACGCCGACUAUGAUUUGUGUCGUCAAAACUACCAAAGUUACAAUAAUUCACAUCCAAAUCCACUAACGUCUAACUUUUUUGAACAGGUGAUUUAUGCAUCCGAAUUUCAGGAGCCAUUGUUACCGUUGAACACCAAAGGUACCACUGGUUCAACACAUCUACGGUCCGGUGUUAGCCCAACGUGUCCUCGGCAUGGUCGGGCUGCAUUAUUAGCUGCAGCUGCUGCGGCUAGGCCUAGUUUGCAGGGUUCAGGUCAAGGAACUGGUCCGGCCUUAGAGGAGAUACAAGUAUAG